AUGUACAACGGAAUAGGGUUACAAACUCCAAGGGGGUCUGGGACCAAUGGUUACAUACAGACUAACAAGUUCUUCAUCAAAUCGAGGACCGGAAAGGUCGCCGAUUCUUCCAGAGGCUUUGACGACGACCAGGGCAUGGGCGGCGUCAUGAAGAAGGCCAACAAGGACAUCCUCGAGCAUGAUCGCAAGCGCCAGAUUCAGCUCAAGCUUGUGGUGCUCGAGGAUAAGCUCACCGAUCAGGGUUUUACGGAUGCUGAGAUCGCGGAGAAGCUCGAGGAGGCUCGGAAGACUCUCGAAGCCGCCGCUGCUUCCGAGGAGCUCGGUGGAUCCACCGCCGUUGUGAUUUCCGAUAAGAAGGUUUCAGAUACACAGACCCACCAAAUUGCUGCCAGGAAGGAGAAGCAAAUGGAAACAUUAAGAGCUGCUCUUGGACUAGCUUCAUCUGAUUUAACAGAAAAAGAUACUGAUGAGGUUGAUGAUGGACUGAAAAGUAGUCGGAAGAAUGGUCCAAAUGAUGAUGGCAGGCCUCAGGAGAGAAGCGAGCAUGCAUUUUUGGACAGGGACUAUUCGCGGAAGAAACAUGGGGAGGAAAAGCAGAAAGCUGAAAAAGAUGAUAAGAAAAAGAGUGUGAAAGAAUCUAGGCGGAACAAGAAGGAAGAAAGUAGGAAGAAAAGGCAUAAGUAUGAUUCUUCUGAUACUGAUAACAGUGGUAGUCCUCCGAAAGCUGAUAAAAAGAAGAAGCGCCGUGGAACUAGCAGCAGUGAUGAAGAUGAUUCUGAAGUUGAUGUUGGCAAGAAGCACAAGGUUGCAAAGAAGCACAAUAAAAGAAGAAAUGUAAACACCGAUGAUUCCGAUUCUGCCACCAGUGAUGAUGAUGCGAAGGACAGUUCAAGAAAGAAAGUUGAUAAGUUCAAAAAACCUCAUAGUAGGCAUGAUUCCGAUGAAGAUGAUUCAGAAGUUGAUGGUAGAAAGAAGCAGAAGGUUGUAAAGAAGCAUAAUAAGAGCAGAAAGAAUGACACUGAUGAUUCUGAUUCUGCUACCAGUGAUGAUGGUGCUGAGGGCAGAUCCAGAAAGGAAGUUGAGAAAUCCAAACGACCUCGUAGGAGGCAUGAUUCUGAUGAAGAUUCUGGUUCUGAUAAAGACUUCUCAAAGAGUAGAGCUGAAAAGGAGAAACUACAUGUGAAACCAAGCAGGCGGCAUGAUUCUGGGGAUGAGUCUGAUUUUGACAGCAGGAUGGAAAGGAAAAAAAGUCAAGUUGAGAAGCAGAGGAAUCAGCAUGGUAGCCGAAAGGUAGAGCGAGAUAAUUUUGUCGCGGAGGAUGACAACAAAGGCAACAAUGUUAAAAGUGGAAAAAGCAGGAAAAAUUAUGAUGUGGAUGACGAAUCUGACUAUGAAAGGUCCAGAAAAAGUAGAGGUGCAAUAACAGAAAAGAGUAGAGGAAGUGGCAGGAUUGAUACUGAUGAUGAUGUGACCGUAGAACGUGAGGACAGAGUUCACAGCAAGGAUAGUGAACCACAAUGGGUUAGUAGGAGGGGUAAUCAGGAUUACGAAGAGCGUGGAGGAGGUAGAAGCCGCAGCAAGGAUGAUCAGGAGCAUAAGGGUAGAAAGCACGGAAGGGAUGAAGAGGAUCAUGGAAUACGUGGAAGACACAACAAGGAGGAAGAAAAUAGGGGAAGGAAGCAUGGAAGAGACGAAGAGGAUCAUGAAUAUAGAAAGCACAGAGAAAAUCAUGAAGAGGAGCGUGGAAAUAGAAAGCUUGGGAAAAUGGAGGAAGAACAGGGAAAUAAGGAUAUUGACAGGGAUCAAGUCAUGGAUUACAAGAGAGCAAAAUAUGACGAUUCUAGAUCAAAUGAGAGGAGGAGGCACGAAAAUGACAAACACAACGAAGAAGAUCCUAAAUAUAGAAGGCGUGUAGAGGAUGUCGAAGAGGAGCGUGGUAAUAGAAGGCAUGGAAAAAUAGAUGAAGAAAGGGGAAGUAAGGAGACAGAGAGGGAGAAGAGGAGGCAUGGAAAUGACAAACAUAAUGAAGAGGAUCGCAAAUAUAGAAGGCAUGCGGAGGAUAUUGAAGAGGAGCGUGGAAAUAGAAGGUAUGGUAAAGUAGAUGAAGAAAGGGGAAGUAAGGAGACUGAGAGGGUUAGGAGGAGGCAUGAAAAUGACACACACAAUGAAGAUGAUCAUAUAUAUAGAAGGCAUGGAGAGGAUGUUGAAGAGGAGCGUGGAAUUAGAAGGCAUGGAAACAUAGAUGAAGAAGGGGGAAGUAAAGAGCCUGAGAGAGAUAGGCACCUGGAUUACAAGAGAGCAAGAUACGAUGAUUCUAGAAGGCAUGGAAACAUAGAUGAAGAAGGGGGAAGUAAGGAGACUGAGAGAGAUAGGCACCUGGAUUACAAGAGAGCAAGAUAUGAUGAUUCUAGAUCAAGUGAGAGAAGAAGAUAUGAAAAUGACAAACAUAAUGAUGGUCGUUCCAGGAAUCGGGACUGA